AAAACACUAAAUUGUCAUGUCAUGCCCAACCAAAUUUCAUUGAUCAAUUAUUUUUUUGUGUGUUAAUAUUUUGUUUGUUUCAUCAAUUGCAUUGAGUGAUUAUUAAAAUAAUAACUUCGAUUUAUUGUAUCUACGUAAAUUGCCAUCAUCCUUCUGCAACAGUGUCACUAAAGAAUAUCAGUUAAAAUGUUUCAGUUUGGGUUUAAUAUGUUUCACGAAAUAUCGCGGCCGUUCAACAUGACCUACAGAUGCUUUUCUGUAUGUAUGUUACCAGGCAAUGAAAGGCAAGAUGUUGAAAGAGGUGGUAAAAUAAUCAUGCCACCAUCAGCCUUGGAACAACUGACGCGGCUAAAUAUUGAGUACCCAAUGAUUUUCAAGUUGACAAAUAAGAAAACAAAGAAAAUAACACACUGUGGAGUAUUAGAGUUUGUUGCUGAUGAAGGAAAAGUUUAUCUUCCAUACUGGAUGAUGGCCAAUUUAGUACUUGAAGAAGGAGCACUGCUGCAAAUUGAGAGUGUCUCUCUGCCAGUAGCCACAUUUUCAAAGUUCCAGCCUCUCUCAGAAGACUUUUUAGAUAUAACUAAUCCUAAAGCAGUGUUGGAGAAUUGUUUAAGGAAUUUCUCGUGUCUGACUACGGGUGAUGUGAUAGCAAUAAAAUAUAAUUCUAAGGUCUAUGAGCUGUGUGUACUGGAAACCAAACCGGGCAAUGCAGUUAUCAUUAUUGAAUGUGAUAUGAAUGUAGAAUUCGCUCCUCCAGUGGGAUAUAAAGAGGAGGCGUAUGUAUCGAAACGCGGUGAUGGCAGCUCCGGAGCUGACGGCAUGGACGAGGACCCCGCAGCCAUGAUGCCGGAGCCUAGCGGGUUUGUUGCCUUUGGUGGUACGGGCAACAGAUUGGACGGGAAGAAAAAGAAGUUGACCAGUGAGAGUGAUUCGGAGCCACAGUCUUCACAGGCUAGACAGACAUACGUCCGCGGUAUACCAGACUAUGAUUAUGAAAUCGGCACGAUAAGGUUCAUCAGGAAUUCGAGACCACCUACUGCCAAGGAAGAGGCUCCAGCGGAACCUUUCCAGGCUUUCAAGGGCGAAGGUUUCACGCUAAGAACAACUAAAUCCAAGAACUGACUAGCGCCAUCUGUAGAUUUUGUACGUGAAUAGUGUUUUAUAUUAAAUUUCAAAUUAUUAGAUCUUUUUAUGUAGAUGCUACAGAGCCCUGGUGGCAUAAGCAUUUUUUUUUUUAAACCCAUUGCAGGCUUUCCUCUGCCUGCGCCAAUUUUCCAUUAAUAGAAAUUUGCGGGGCUAUUCAUGAAUGUCUUAUCUUCUCUUUCUUGAUCUCUUCAGCUGAUGAAGAGCCCUAGAGGCCAUCAAUGGAUUGUUAUAAUUUCUUGAGCAUUUCAGAUCAUGUAUUUCAAUAACUUAAAAGCAGCAUGCUUCCAAUUUAAUGACAGCAAUAUACAUAAUAAACCACAAAAAAAAGGUUAAGAUCUAAAGUCUAUUUUGUGAUUUCACAAAAUAUACUAAAUUCUAUCUAUUGUAAUAAAUAAUUUUUAAUUAAAGAUUAUUUUGUAAGAA